UACGGCAGUACGGUCACUAGCGUCUCCUCAGGCUCUCAGAGCCUCUGAGCCUCGUCGGGUUCUAGUUGAGCCACAGAACGGUCGAAGGAUGAUAGCGAAGAACUGAAUGAAAGAUGACUGGAAGAUGAUGAUGGUCACGGUGACGAGGACAAGAUCAAGUUAAUGUUACUGAUUUGAACCUGUGGAGAGGUGGAUCUGAUUACAAUCAGUGACAAGCCGAGGAGUUCUCAAAAGUAUUAACUGAGAGUCACCUGCCACCUUGCAUUGAUUUCUUGAUGAGAGAAAGUUUCCUUGUUCAUCCCAAGUUGGGACUUCGUCGAGUACUAGCGAAUGUCGGAUCCUUGCAAGACGCUAAACGAGAGCAAAACAUGAAUGUUACUUCCCAGCUGACAUCCAGCUACUCUCACGCCCUUGCAUGACCAGUAGCUGAGGGCCGUCCGGUCGUCAGACAGCAUCUAGAGCUCGCACGUGCAUUCCUGCCGUGACAUCUCUGGACUGUCCUCAGGUCCUCACCUGCAGCGGUGAGAGGAGGAGCUGUAAGAUGGCAAGCUUGUCGGGAGACGAACGACAACUUGGCGUCUGGAUAGCAAGAGCCAAGACGUCGAUGCAGGAGGCUACAGAGCUGAAGAAUGCCCUCAAGAGCCACAAGGAGGAAGCUCUGGCUCUGCGGCAGAAGGCUGAGGCUGCUGAAGAAGCGAUACAAGUGCUUUUGAACCAGGAGAAGCAAAGAGAAGAAGAAACGUCUAUCUUUGCUGACUGGAAUGGGGAGCUUUAUCACAUACUUGCGAUCCAGAAACAGAUGUUGAAGAAUAAGACGCAAACUCAAGUGAGCUUCUUCAAGAUUAUGAAGAACAAGCAAAAGGCGUUAAGAGUGAUACAGGCCCUCAAGGAGAUCAAAGAUAGCAAGAAGCGACAAAGCAAACUGGCAAGAAUCAUUGCAAGACGGAAGCGUUUCAAGACCUUGCGUCGCGUCAUUGACUCUUGGGCAUCAUGUACUCGACGACAGAAACAGAUCGGCCGCCGCAAAGAAAAUCUUGCAAAGGCUAGGAAUGGAACGAUCUUGUGUAACCACAUGUCAAAGCUGAUGACGGAGAGCGAGCUCUGGUUUCUCGACAGGCACGAGUUCCUGACAGGCAACCGAGUGUUCCUUGCUUGGAAGUGCCUCGGGCAGGAAUUGGUGAAGACGAGGGAACAAGCACAAGGUGUUGGGGAGGAUUACCGUCAUGACGAAGAGUACAGGCCGGCGUGCCCAGUGCACUGCAAGGCAUUUCUCCUGCUGGGUUGACAUGAUAUCAAUCAAAAGAAAAUGCCUUGAUCUGAAGAGGGAGGUAUGUGAACAAUCAGCAAGGCGAGCUUUACAAGGAGUUCUCAACUGCUGGAAAUACCUCCUCCACCUGGCUACUCGUCGAAGUUGGGUGGAUCACAAGCUGCAUCUCGCCUGCAGCGAUGUGCUCCGAACUUCUUUCGUCCUCUGGACGUUCGGUCACCUACAGCUUUGCCUCAAGAUCAGCAGGUACAGCUUGAACAAGCUUCGGCGUAAGUCAGCCCUGUCGAUGACUCUUGACCGGUGGAUGUCCAGCACCUGCUGUGCUGACUACCUGCAAGUAUGUUCGCUCGCCUGGUCCAGGGCCGCCCGGGCCCUCCUCUCGUUUCGGGCCCUCCUCUCAUGGAAGUUGGUUCUAGAGGACCGGCAAAGGAAGCAUGAGAGGAGGCUGAUGGAUCAGGUUAUGGGCCUCAAGCUGAUGAUGUUGUCGUGCUGGAAACUCUUUGCGGCGACGUGCAAGACUGAAAGGGCUGUGGUGGACAACUUUCAGUCGCUCCUCAUGAGGAAGGAAGCUGCUCUUAUCUUGCAAUGCUGGAGGGGCUGCGUGCUGAAGCAAGGCUCCAACUGUCUGAGCUCCCCCGACUACCAGAACGAAUAAAAGCGUCAUGAAUCUUUUC